AUGGGCACGUACAAUAUCCUCAAAGAGAUCGUCAAGGCACACGAUAUUGCGCCGACUGUUCUCACUACCUUUUGCAUGGGAGCCGUCGCGGGAGUCGUCACGGUGUACGCGACGCAGCCUUUUGACACGAUCAAGACGCGGGCGCAAGGGGUCCAGGGGGCAGGGCUUGUCGAAGCCGUCCGGAACAUACAGAGUGACUAUGGAAUUCGGGGUUUCUGGAAGGGCAGUUCAAUGCGGCUGGGCAGGUUGCUCCUAAGUGGCGGGAUUGUCUUUUCGGUGUAUGAGAAAAUGACAUAUCUGCUGCAUCCGAGUGUUCGGGUCGACUGA